AUGGCGGAAUUUUUCGGGAGGUUAAUUAGAAAAAGACAUAGUGAAGGCAUUUGGCAAGGAAUCAAAGUUCAUGAUCAAUUUGAGGCCAUUACGCACUCCCAAUUUGCAGAUGAUACAAUCGUAUUUGGAGAGGCCUCCAUCCGGGAAGCAAUUGGAAUCAAGAACACACUGGAGGAAUAUACAAUGGCAUCAAGACAAGUUAUGAAUAGAGAGAAUUCUCAAUUGCUCUUCUUUAAUACUAAUAAGAUGGUUCAGAUGAGAAUUGCACAACACUUGAAUAUAAAAGUUGUUGAGCUCUCGAUCAAAUACUUGGGGAUUUGGAUUGACAAAGGAUGUAGACAAUCCCAAAAUUGGGAUGAUGUUAUAAACACAUGCCAGGUAAAAUCAAAGAAUUGGAAGAAUAGGCGAUUGUCCCAGGCGAGCAGAUUAACCAUGAUUAAAUCAGUUUUAUCUGUCAUUCCAAUAUGCAGUAUGUCCUACUUCAAAAUGUCAUUCGCUACUGGAAAAAGUCUGAACAAUCUGCUCAAUAAAUUUGUUUGGUAUGGUGCCAAAGACAAUAGGAAAAUACCACUAAUCAAUUCGAACACACUGUGCUUAAUUAAGGAAGAUGGGGGAGUCAGCUUAAGGAAAAUGGAGCUGCAAAAUUCUGCCCUUGAUGCUAAGCUCUCCUAG